AUCGUCGUCACUCGUCAGAGAAGAAAAUCUCUCAGCACAGUCAGCGGUGGUGAUCGUUUUCGGAAAAGUCUUUGAUUAUCGGGAAUAAUCUUACUGCUUUCGUUGAAAAUAAGUGCAAAGUGUGAAAAAUCAAUCGUCAAUAUGCCGGGUUACAUGUUUAAUAUCGAUGGUGGCUAUCUGGAGGGCUUGUGCCGUGGUUUCAAAUGCGGAAUUCUGAAGCAGUCGGAUUAUCUGAAUUUGGUUCAGUGUGAGACUCUAGAAGAUUUGAAAUUGCACCUACAGGGCACAGAUUACGGCCAAUUUCUUGCCAACGAGCCAUCUCCGCUGGCAGUUUCCGUUAUCGACGACAAGCUGCGUGAAAAACUGGUUAUCGAGUUCCAGCAUAUGCGUAAUCACGCCGUUGAACCACUGUCAACGUUUCUGGACUUCAUUACUUACAGCUAUAUGAUUGAUAACAUCAUCCUGCUGAUUACUGGUACUUUGCACCAGCGACCUAUUUCGGAGUUAAUUCCGAAAUGUCAUCCGCUUGGAAGCUUCGAGCAGAUGGAAGCGAUUCAUGUGGCUGCCACGCCGGCUGAACUCUACAAUGCCGUGCUGGUAGAUACACCAUUGGCUCCAUUCUUUGUUGAUUGCAUCUCGGAGCAGGAUUUGGAUGAAAUGAAUAUUGAAAUUAUUCGUAACACGCUCUACAAGGCGUACCUAGAAGCAUUUUAUGAUUUCUGCAAGAAAAUCGGAGGUACUACGGCUGAUGUCAUGUGUGAGAUUUUGGCGUUCGAAGCGGACCGUCGCGCCAUUAUAAUUACAAUUAAUUCGUUCGGAACCGAACUAUCCAAGGACGAUCGAGCAAAGCUGUAUCCUCGUUGUGGUCGCAUGAAUCCAGAUGGUUUAGCUGCCCUUGCUCGUGCCGAUGAUUACGAACAAGUUAAGGCUGUUGCGGAGUAUUAUGCGGAAUAUGCAGCAUUGUUCGACGGUUCCGGUAACAAUCCAGGCGACAAAACGUUGGAAGAUAAGUUCUACGAGCAUGAAGUGAAAUUGAACGUUUAUGCUUUUAUGCAGCAGUUCCACUUUGGCGUUUUCUACUCCUAUCUGAAGUUAAAGGAGCAGGAGUGCCGUAACAUUGUCUGGAUCGCCGAAUGUGUAGCCCAGAAGCAUCGGGCCAAGAUCGAUAACUAUAUUCCCAUCUUCUAGAGUGUUCCCUAAGGUUUGCUAAUGCAUGAGAACAAUUUGAAGACAUUCCUUUUCAUCUAAUCGUGGAUAUGCUGCAGAACAAUGAUGACGAGAGUAUUAUGAGUGUCUUGUCUUAAUGAAACAUUUUAAAUUGCUAUUUCAAGUGCAAUCGGUGAAUAAAAUACAGUUAUCCACACAUAUGUCAUAACAAGCUGCUACAUUGUUUAUUACGCCAUACGCAAUUGUAUGUAAAUGCCGUUUCUGUUAUUUGUUCAAAUUAUUUUAUUCUUAUUAUAGAUAGCACGAUUCCUGCCUGCAAAGGUAGAAAUUUUCUGUACAUUUGUUUGUGAACAAUAGAAUUUAUUGGAUGCUGCACUUAUCGUAAUUAAACUUCAACUACUAAAUGUACGAUGGUGAAUAAAAUAAAAUGUAGAUA